AUGACCGCAAGCGACGUGAAGCCGCCGCAGGCUAAGGAGAGGCAAGGAACGCCGCCGCCGCCUCCGUACUCGCCAGUUACGCCAGGCAGGUCUCAGUCCUCCAGGACAACUCCCACUGCCCCUGAGUCCACGAUAGCUGCGUCCCCGCUACCACCGGCUGCCUACCCGGCCAUCAGCGGCAUCUUUGAGUCCAUUCCAGCCGUCAUCGAUCGUGCCAGACCGGCUCCGAACAAGAAUGGAGCCGUCCCUGCUCUGCCACCACCGCAAUUCAUCAAGGAGCCAGCUCCAGUGCCUAUCUCUGAAAGCGAGAACCCAGACGCCAUCGCUCUAAGAUCCGCCAUCACUAUUCUCCAAAUACAGAAACAGCAGGCCCUGCGAGACAUUCAGACGUUGGACAAGUUGAAACAGGCCGCCGCUGAAGAUCCUUAUGCUUUCGCUAGCGAGUUUCUAGCUGGCUCUCUCCAGUCGGACGACGGUGACUUAUUUCACCCCUCCCCGCGCAAGGAAAAUAAUCAAGAAGAUGAUGGAACGGAAAGUGGCCCAGAGGCAAUGGACGUCGACCAGGUGAAACCGACAGAUGAUAAUAAUAGUCCUGGCAGAAAUCAGUCAAGGAAGCUCGGCAAAAUACCAAAGCCGCAGAAUAUCGUGCGAAUGCCUGCUAUCAACUGGGCAAAGUAUCAUAUAGUUGGUGAACCUCUGGACAAAAUGCAUGAAGAGCAAAGGCUAAGACCUACGCUUGGUGAACCACGCCAUGAUACUCCGUCCGCGGCAUCUACCUCAAGAAGCCCAGAACACACUCUGGCAGCUCCAUAUCGGCCUUUUGUGGACAAAAUUGAGCCUUCCGUCAAGUCUAGGAACGUUGGCAGAUGAUACCAGGAUUGAGCAAAUUCGAAUAUUCCAUCUCAUGAAGUGUCUUGACUGGUAUAUACACCAGCAGAUAUAUCACGGUGAUAUUCUGGUAUCUAUUAUAGCCAGAAUCCCCGGCCUCUCGGAAGCAUAAUUCCACGUCACACACGGCCCAAUUUUCCGACUAUUCUAGAUGGAAGAGCAAAGUAUCGAGAAAUUGAAGUACAUAGCUGUCUUCUCGGAGGUCUCCACGCGACCUUAAUUUUUUCGGCUGUUUCGGUGAAGGCGCAUGAACUCCACGGGAGAACAGACCCACAAGCACAUUAGGCUCAUAAAAUGCCCUACACUUUCUCAUACUAUAUGUCCAUAGCGUGUGAGGCAACUCUCCUCUCGGAGACUACUAAACAACAAUCUACCACAAUGGCCGAAAUAGAGGUCAUAAACCGGCUUUCCUUGAUACACUGCAGUCGAGGUUACGUUAAUUCGGACUGUUGCUUUAAAUAAAUAGAUAUAGACAUUGCGGUUCAGUCUGUCAUGAAUCCUUUUAGUUCUCAGAAAAUCAAUGAAACAGUUCAAUUCGUUAUCUGCGUUCUCAAUACCUCCAUUUUCCAUUUUCUGCCAAGAUGAGGCGCUUAGCCCCCGGACCUCAGUCUAACCGGAUAUCAUUUGCUAAACGACCAGAU